CACACAGCACAGUAGCAUGAAUUAGCAGUUCUGCGCAUCUGCAGUGUUUUUGUUGUUGUUGUUGUUGUUGUUGUUGUUGUCAUCGUUGUUGCUGCUCUGAGCCCUGCUAGCCCUAACCCUCAUCAUGUGACAGGUCUUAACCCCGCAGCUCUCAAGAGACGCGCAACAACAAACAACUCCUUUUUUCAAUCUCGCUGGUGAUUUGUCCAAUCUGAAUGUCAGGAAUGGCAAAUCAGGAGAGAUAAAGUCUCCCUCUUCACCCGUGAUCCUCAGCCUUGCUGCAAGGGCGUCAGUAAAAAGGCAGUGCACACUACAGCUUGACCUGCUGCUUCUGACGGUAUAUCUGAAGGAUCUACGCAUGGCAAGACAGAGACAACACAGAUAGCAAGCUUACUGUGAAACAGGCUCAGACACAAACUAGCUUGGAUCUUGCAGAGGGAUUCCUGACACGCCACGGACGCUCUACUGCCUGGAUGGUCUUUCCCAUCGAUCUGGUGGUCAGGAGAUCCAGUGUGUGUGUGUGUCUGUCUGUCUGUGAUGUUGGUAUACUGGGAAAUUACUACUCGACCAGGAGUCUGCGUUGUUAUACUGGUGGACCAAAUCUGAGUCAUGGAGCUCCAGCUCAAAGAGAGGGCAGCCAGGCACAGCUGUUUCACCUCUGAGAGCUCAGAGAAAGAGCCGUGUGUUGUGGUGAAGAUCGCUCACACCCAAGCGGUGGGCAGUGAUAGUGACAGUCAGGCUAGCAGGAGGAGGAAGAGCAGCACAGGCGGCAGUGACCAGAGUCAGGGGGUCAAUGGAAGAAGGUCCGGUCGCCGGCCCCCUCUACAGCCCAAACCACAAGUGCCUCCUAAGCCUGUUCAUCUGCAGAGUCCGGUGACGGCUCUCCCACACCCCCUGAGCCGGACCCCACAGAGGAGAUCUGAGAUGGAGGACCGAGGAGGAGGAGGUGGAGGAGUAGGAGGAGGAGGAGGAGUGGCAGGGAGAGGGCGAGCAGCAGGAAAUGGGACAGGAGUUGGAACAGGAGGUGCAGCUGGGAAGGGCAGAGUUCUGAACCUCAUUAGCCGCUUUGAGGAGGGCAGUAGCACAGACAGCACUAAGGUGAGCCCCAGCGGCUCCCCUCUGAAGCAGAUCAGCCGAUCGGCCAACUGCAGCCCGGCCCACAAGGGCACAGGACGACCCCCUCAGCCCAAGGAGGGGAGUUCCGUGCCGGUCACGCCGCUCCGCCAUGCCCCUAAGCCCCCCACAACCCCCCCAGCCAACGGUCUGCCAGAGCACAUGGACGACAGCACACACACCGUCAUGGUGAACAUGGUGAACGGAGACACGGGGGAUGACAACCAGGAGACGGACGAGAGCGACUCGCACACGCUCGCGCACACCCCGCACAAGACAGAGGAUCAGAGAGGAGAGAGGGAGGAAGAGAAGGAGGAGGAGGAGGACGACGAGGAGGGAGCGAGGGAACAAAGCGACGAAGGAGAGCAGCAACAUGAGACAAGCAGAGACGACACUGCAACCAUGGAUAGAAAGGAGACCAAUGAGGAGAAGCUGUAUAAGAUAGCCAAUGAGCUGCUUAAGACGGAGAAGGCGUAUGUUACACGGCUCAACCUACUGGACCAGGUGUUCUGCACUAAACUAUUGGAGGAGGCCAACAAGGGCACAUUCCCUGGGGACGUGGUCAAGGGCAUCUUUUCCAACAUCUCCUCCAUAAACACUUUCCACAGCCAGUUCCUGCUGCCCGAUUUGGAGAAACGCAUGGGGGAAUGGGAGUCAACUCCACGGCUGGGCGACAUCCUUCAGAAGCUGACUCCUUUCCUCAAGAUGUAUGCCGAGUACGUCCGCAACUUUGACAAGGCCAUGGAGCUGCUCAAACAGUGGACGGAACGCUCACCACAGUUCAAAGCCAUCAUACUCGACAUUCAGAGUCAAGAGGCGUGUGGGAAUCUGACUCUGCAGCAUCACAUGCUCGAGCCAGUACAGAGGGUCCCACGUUACGAGAUGCUGCUCAAGGACUACCUGAAGAAGCUUCCGGAAAAUGACCCUGACCGACCAGAUGCACAGAAGUCCUUGGACACCAUUGGCAUGGCAGCCACACACUCCAACAGUGCCCUCCGUAAAUCGGAUAACCUGAAGAAGUUACUUGAGAUCUAUGAGAUCGUGGGUGAGGAAGAGGACAUUGUUAACGCCUCCAAUGAGUUCAUUAAGGAGGGGAACAUCCUCAAACUGGCCGCCCGCAACACCUCUGCCAUGGAGAGAUACCUCUUUCUGUUUAACAACUUCCUGCUGUACUGCGUGCCCAAGUUCAGUCUGGUGGGUCAGAAGUUCACGGUGCGCACGCGUAUCGGCAUCGACGGCAUGAAGGUGGUGGAGACGACCAACGAGGAUUACCCUCACACCUUCCAGGUGUCGGGCAAGGAGCGCACGCUCGAGCUGCAGGCCAGCUCUGAGCAGGACAAGAAGGACUGGAUCAAGGCAUUCCAGGAAACAAUUACGAUUUUCCACCAAAAGAAUGAGACGUUUAAAACAGCAUCUAAAGACAUUGAGGAGGUUUCGACGGCUGAGUUGGGGAAGCGUGCCCCUCGCUGGAUUAGGGAUAACGAGGUGACCAUGUGUAUGAAGUGCAGAGAGUCAUUCAACGCUCUCACGCGGCGAAGACACCACUGCAGAGCCUGUGGCUAUGUGGUCUGCUGGAAGUGUUCGGAGUAUAAGGUGGCCCUGGAGUAUGAAGGGAACAAGAUGAAUAAAGUGUGUAAGGACUGCUACUCCAUCCUCACCGGACACACAGAAGAGAAGGAGGGCAAGAAGAAAGGCAUCCUAGAGAUCGAGGCGGCUCAGUUCUCUGGCAGCAGCAUCAUGUGCGGCUUCCUGCAGUACUGUGACAAGAGUAAACCCUGGCAGAAGGUGUGGUGCGUCAUCCCUGAAAAAGAGGCUCUGGUGCUGUACCUGUACGGAGCGCCACAGGAUGUGAAGGCCCAGUCCACCAUCCCUCUGUUGGGGUACACCGUUGAGGACAACCCUAAGGGAGCCGACGCCCCCGCCAGUUUCCGUCUGUCCCAGUCCAGGUCGGUCCACUGCUUUGCCGCAGAGAACGAGGAGGUCAAGCAGCGCUGGCUAAAGGUCAUCCGUGUCGCUGUGACAGGGGAGGAAGAGUCGCUGCCACCCAAUGGAGACGGCGCACCCCCAUCAACUGACCCAGCCCCUCAAGAGCAGCCCAACACAGACAGCCUCUGAGGGAACCACAAUCAAUCUGUGGUCAACUGGACACAAAUAAGGAGAUACUUGGAGCGGGGCAACUUGGAACUGUCAAGGCAGAACAUCUGAAUCUGUGUGUGUGUGUGUGUGCAAUGGACUGGAUUCAUAUAUCAGUAUACACACACACACACACACACACACACACACACACACACACACACACACACAAACACACACAAUGAGCUUUGAGGGUUCCCAUGGCUCAGUUUCAAUCUGGUGAACAGUAAGGGCUCAGCCACAAAACACUAGGGCACUCGGUGUGCUAAACCUACCGUCUACUCUCUCUCUCUCUGGAAGGAGCUGUUCUUUCCAUGGCAAAUGCACGCUUACCCUUGACCUCUCCACGACCUUUGAACUCCUACAGCACACACACAAGUGGAUUAUGGGAUUGCUUAUGUCUCAGUGACGUACUGGUGCCUCAUGCAGUGCGCUGAUGUACAGAGUCGGUGUGUUUGCAUAGAACACGCACAAGGGCGACGGAUGGGAAAGAGAUGGUGGCGACUUUUGCUUCUGACAUCUGUCUUUCCAAGUGCCAAACUAGGGCAGGCUAAGUUCCUGGUGUUUCUCUGUGAGUCCAACAGAAUCCUGUCAUGAAAAAAAAGACACUCCUGGCACUGUCCAGCUGCCUGCAGUAAAUAGCCCUCUGCCCAGUGGAGUUCCCUAAGUAACUACAAACUCUUACCAGCAUAGCAAAGGAUGUAACAUCAUCCCACCUCCUCUCUGAUACCGCGUCUCCCACCAUCAGGCCUGCAGAAGUGGCAACUACAGCAGUGAAUCCAAAAACCCUCCAACCAGAGGACUAGUGGGGGCUAAGUUUCUACCCUAAAUCACCCCUCCCUUAAUCAGGAAUGCUUGGAGCUUUUUUAGAAAGGAGAGGGACGAGUGGAUGUGUUUCUGCCUUGCGAAAGCCACACGUGUAGUCAGUGGUGUGCAGAACUGUUACAGACACACAUGCAGAUGUGAACCCCUCUGAGGACAAUGGACAAGUCAGGAAAAUGACGCGACUCUUUUGUACCUGCGCUUCCGAAUGGUUGAAUGUGAGAUUCCGUUUGUGUGGGGGGGGAAGGGGUCUUGCCUCCCAAGAUAGCAACAUGCUAAUGGGAAUGGGUCUGCCUCAGGUGACGUCCAUCUGGGACAGGUUCAUUCCAGAGCCAUCUGCUACACCCCCCACCCCCCCUGUUGCCAGUUGUAUUGCCCUGUUGAUAUUCAGUAUUGCGGAUGAGAAAAUGUGUGGGCUGUGUUUGUGAUUACGUGAGAAACCUCUUGUAAAUGUCUAUCAGAUGUGUAUACAGAGCACGUUUCUACUGGCCAUCCUUUUUAUAGGCAACUGACCCCCCCCUGAAGGGGGAUUAGAGUACUGCUGACACUUCCUGUGUAUUAAAUAGAACUUCCUGUCAGAGGAUAGCACAAUCAGACACACACAGGCUUGGUGACGUGGAGAAAGAAAUGUACUCUUUUUUUAAAGUAUUGUAAUUAAUUGUAUUAUUUAAGAUAAUUUAUAGAAGUAUAUUGUGCAUGAUUUUAAAGAGUUUUAAAGUAGCACAGAAAUGUUAAAAAGCAACAAAACCUUUUUUUAUAUGUUAUGACUCCAUCCUUUUAUUUUCUGUUUCCCCUACAAGUUAUUUUAAUGUCUAGCUGCAUAUACACCCGCAGACUGUCAACCAUAAUGUCUUCCAUCUAAUCUAAUCAUGUCACUUAGCGGAAUCUUUCCUUCCUCAGAUUUCUCCCUCACUGUGUGCUCUUUGUGUAAGUGUCUGGGACAUGGCGUAGGGGCUGAAUAGGGAGCACACACAACCAAGAAAAUCCAAAAUAUGAGCUAAAAUAUGUCCCAGAUCUUUAUACAGACCACGGAGUCAGCUGACGGCAGGGCCAGAACAACGGCCCCUGAAUCAGCAGUUACCAGGUGCAAACAGUGAGGGCAGACAUUGCUUACAUUUGCUUUGCUUUUUUGCAUAAUUAGGGUCUGUGUCCCAAAUACAUUCAAUGUGUCUUUCAAUGAAUCACUGUACUUAAAUGAACUGUUGUAUCAGAGAGAUGUCUAUUCGGUUCAUUUGGUCAUUGCAAACAUAUAGAAAAUGAUGAGCGUCUGAACACGCUUGCUUCAAAUCUUCAUUUAUCUUAAAUGAAUUAGUAUUCAUGUUAUUAUUUUCAGCUGCAAUGUGUGAAAAGUUCCAUGAAAAGAAUAAUCAUGUGAGUUCAUUCAUUUAAUGGCUCCACAGACCAUCUGCCUGCCUACAAAUCUUUGCACAGACUUAACUUUACUCCCCCCCCCCCCGCCCCCUUUCUUGUCAGGGGUGUUCAACAGCGCAAUCGUUCAAAUGUGAAUGUAUCCCAUGUUAUUAAGCCUGGGAAGCACUGUGCUAUGAUACUGUGCUGUCAAUAGGUUAUCUGACACUAGCUGCCUCUGGAACAAUCUAGCGUGAUGCCGUGCUAACUCUAUUCCAGAAUCUGGCCAUAGCCAGUGGUGUACUGGCCAUCAGGCAUACAGGGACAAAUCCAGGUGGACCAUCAAAACAAAAUGUGUAUUACGUUUUACUAGCCCUGUCUGCCUCAUUACUGGCUCUCUGGUGUCGAACAUCUUUCUCAGUACACCCCUGGCCUUAGCAGCGCACUGUGACGUCAAAGCUCUUGACAUCUAGCCUAGCCAUUAUUAUAAUGGCCAUAUUUAGCAACUGGGCCAGCAGUAAUCGAUGAAAACUGAAUCAUUUUGGCUUCUAUUCCGCAGUACGUCUGACAAGGUUAAAAAAACAAAAACAAAAAAACACAAUCAAUGCACUUUACCCUUCUCUAUAAAAGUGUACCUUGUAAAGAAAUAAAAAGAAGAUUCAAGUAUUAUUA